AUGAGGCACAUCAACUGCAACAACGAGACGGAGAAGCCAAAGCUGAACUUGAUGACAAUCGGUGCCCUACUACCAGAAAUUCUUAUUGACAUCCUUUCGAGACUGCCUGUCAAUUCGAUUUGUUGCAUGAAAUGUGUAUCUAAGGCCUUUUUAAAGAUGGUUGACGACCCCUCUCUUGCCACAAUGCACAUGCGGCGCCGUUUUCUAACUACUUGUUCCACUACUACCACUGAAGUUCCUCGACUUGUUGUUCUUGAUGAGUCUCCCUAUCAUAAACAAAACGUGUUGUAUCCAUUGAAAUAUGAUGGUAACAACUUAUUGACCAAGAGCAAACAUGCAAUUGUUUCAUAUUUCGGAUCUAGACAACGUUUUUAUUCACAUGCCUUUGUUUUCUGCAACUUGUUUGGCUUUACUGGUCUUAAUCCAAAGCAUGGAAGGUCAUGCUUGUUGGUGAAUCCUUUCAAGGGAGAAGUUCUAAUGCUCCCAUUCGCAAGAGACGUCCCAGUUCCAGCCAAUAGUUUUUGCAAUGUUGAUUGUUAUGGCAUGGGAUUUGAUAAUAUAACCAACAGCUUCAAGAUUGUUCGCGUUUCCAUCAAUAAAAAUGACUACAACAUGGUGUCCGAAGUUCUUGUAUUGGGGAUAGGGGUGAGCAUCGGGUCGAAACCAAUGCUUUCUUAA